AUGAAACAACAAGUGCAAGACAUGAAAAUAGCCACCGUAAACCACUUUGCUGCAAGAAUGUUAAAUGCACAUGUAGUUGACGAAGAAACAUCAUCGAACAUUUACAAAACUCAAUUUGAGGCAGCAACAAUCAGCAAUAAGUGGAACGAGAAAGACUGGGCAUUAGCGCUGGUACUAAUCCUGCGAGGUCCCGUAGCGAAAGUACUGCAAACAAUUUUUGCGAAGAAACAAUUCAACUUCACAACGUUAAAAUUGCGGUAUGGGAAAGAGCACAUGAAGCUGGUAUAUAAGACUCAGCUCAGAAACAGAACGGCCGGGAGAAGGAAUUCAACAGCUAGCCAAGAUAUAAAACAACUGAUGAUUAACGUAUCCAUCGUCAGACCAGGAGCAUAA